CCAAGCUACCGUAAGGUCCCACACAGUAAAAUUCUCCUGAGCUCCGUUUGGUAUCUCCAGGCCCGACAAGGAACCACGGCUGAACUUCUCCACAACUGGGCUUGGUAAGAGCCCCCACUCCAGGUGCUGCUACAGCAAGGUCACACUGACCCAGGAAGGAGCAGGCAAAGACCCAAAGUGAGGCCUGGGAGGUCUGCCUCCCUAGAGGAAGGAAAAUGGAAGGCCUGCCUGAUGUCGCUGCUUUUGCGACUAAACUUAAAAACACUCUCAUCCAGUACCACAGCAUUGAAGAUGAUAAGUGGCGAGUUGCUAAGAAAAUGAAAGAUGUAACAGUUUGGAGAAAACCUUCAGAAGAAUUUAAUGGGUAUCUCUAUAAAGCUCAAGGUGUUAUAGAUGACAUUGUCUUUAGUAUAAUAGACCAUAUACGCCCAGGACCCUGUCGCUUGUAUUGGGACAGCUUAAUGACUUCACUGGAUGUUUUGGAGCACUUCGAAGAGAAUUGCUGUGUCAUGCGUUACACUACUGCUGGUCAGCUUUGGAAUAUAAUUUCUCCGAGAGAGUUUGUUGAUUUCUCCUACACCGUGGGCUAUGAAGAAGGGCUUUUAUCCUGUGGGAUAAGUCUUGACUGGAGUGAAAAGAGACCAGAAUUUGUUCGUGGGUAUAACCAUCCCUGUGGCUGGUUCUGUGUUCCACUUAAAGACCAUCCAAGCCAGAGCCUUUUGACCGGCUAUAUUCAGACAGAUCUGCGUGGGAUGAUUCCUCAGUCAGCAGUGGACACAGCCAUGGCCAGCACUUUGACCAACUUCUACGGUGAUUUACGGAAGGCCUUACACAAGGCAUGAUACUGUCAGACUUCCAGUGCUGUGAUCCCCUUAAUCCACUCCUCUCUCUGGCUGGGAGGCCUGUAAAAAUGGUCCAUUCCUCUCUCCUGCAGAGCCUGUAGAAAAAUCUGAGAUUUUCCUUCUGAUUUAGUAGUAUAGCUUUAUGUUUUAUUCCUAACGUAAGUAGCUAUGAGAUGGCAUUUUAAUUUUUUCUUAAAUAGAUGCUCGCACUGCGUUUGGUAUGGCACCGAGUCUAGGGAUAGAGAGUAAAACAGAAAUCCUGAAGAAGUAAAGUGCUUUGACCCAAACUCUUAAGAAAUUGAGAGGAUGAAAAUGUUGGCUGCUUGGAAAUUAGACAAAGCACAAGAUUUAUGCUGUUUGGUUAAAACCACCUAUUUCAGAGCUUUACGAAUAUCUUAUGAAAUUUUCAUUUUUAAGUUAAAUGUUAGUGCUUUACUUUUGGUGUGUUGUUACAAGUUUGCUGAUAUUUUAGACAGAUGCAAAAGAUCCUUCUCUAUAUUUUAUAAAUAUUAGCUUCAUUGUCAGUUGACUUAUACUACUUUUAAGCAUUGAAAAGACCGAAAAUGGCAGAAGAAUAAAUAUCAUAAUAACCACAGGUACAAUUCAAAGGCAGUUUAGUUUCGAUCUCUAGAUAGCAUUCUUUUCUGGGUAUCUUUAAAAACACAUCUGUGUCUUCCUGUGCAUUUAUUUUGGGAAUCCUAAAAAGAUGUUCGCAUGACUGCAACAGUACAGACAGCGGCCAGAUGUGCUCUGGGGACACCACAUGGAUGGAGCAGGAUCCUGGGUGUGUGGAGCGCUGGUCAUGUCCUGUGAUUAUCAGUAGGGCCACCUUUCUAGAAAGUCACGUUAAAAAAUGCUCUGUACGUGGUUCAGUUUUGGAAGUGUGACUGAAUCAUAAAGCAUCACAGACUGCCUUUAAAUUUCUGUUUUGAAGCAACGUCAGUCUGAAA